AAAAUAUCCGGUUGCAACUAAAACUUUUAAUAUUUCUUCUCCUUCUAUCAGUAAACAUUUCUCAUCUUCCAAGCUUUCUGUCGCCCCCUCCAAUUUUCUUCUACUCUCAAUUGCAAUGGGUAAAGCUAAGUCUUUCCAAGCAUUCGAGCAAAGACUCCAAGAAUCAAAUACUAUCAUUGCCAAAUACCCAGGCCGAGUCCCUGUGAUUAUAGAAAGAUAUUCAAAGACGGACCUGCCUGAAAUGGAGAAAAGAAAAUAUCUAGUUCCCCGAGCUACGUCUGUCGGGCAAUUCAUCCACAUCUUAAGUGGUAGGCUGCAUUUGGCUCCUGGAAAAGCUCUGUUUGUAUUUGUAAAGAACACAUUGCCUCCAACAGCAAGCCUUAUGGAUUCAGUGUAUGAAUCUUACAAGGAUGAUGACGGGUUCCUCUAUAUGUAUUACAGCAGCGAGAAGACCUUUGGCUGAACUAAAUCAUCGUUUCUCCUUAGUAUUUGGUGUCUGUCUUUGUCGCUGUGAAUAAUUCUAGGCAUGACAUGCCUGGGUCUGGGUGGCUCAACACUAUAUUCUGUAAAUAAAUGUAUUUAUGAAAUAUUCUGUAAAUCACACCUUGUGCAUUAAUGGACACAAGAGAAUUCACAUUGCUCCUGUUAGCAAAACUGCACCAUUCUCUGUAUUUUAUCACUGGGUGCUGCAGUAAUUUAAUGUUUAUUCUUUCUUUAUUAAUUGGAAAGGAAAUUUGUCA